CAAGGGCCAGGUGGGAGGGCGUCCCUGCAAAGGGCCACUCCGGGCCUGCAGGCCUGGGUGCCGGAGCGUCUUCCAGGGACGUACGGCCGAGCUGAGCGGUCGACAAGAGGGGCGGCGAGGCCUAGCGGAGCCGAGCGGAGGCCGACUGGGGGCGGGGACCGAGGGCGCCGGGGGCCACAGGGCGGUGCGCUCCCGGCUCCGCCACAGGCUGCACGCCCCUCCCGCCCCGGCCCCGGCCCGAGCCGCCGCUGCCGCUGCCGCUGUCGCCGCCGCCGCCGCCAGGCCGCGCCCCGCCCCUCGCCGCCGCCGCUCCCGGGGAGGCUGCGCUCGAGCUGCGGCGCCGGCUGCAGCCGCCUGGGCCCCGGGCCCGGCUCCUCCCGCGCCGCCCGGGCGAUGAGAAGCUGCUUCUGCGUGAGACGGAGCCGGGACCCGCCGCCGCCGCAGCCGCCGCCGCCCCAGCGGGGAACAGACCAAGCCACCAUGCCUGAAGUCAAAGAACUUUCAGAAGCCUUGCCAGAGACGCCAAUGGACCCCAUCACCGGAGUCGGGGUGGUGGCUUCCCGGAACCGAGCCCCGACAGGCUAUGAUGUGGUUGCACAGACAGCAGAUGGCGUGGACGCUGACCUCUGGAAGGACGGCUUAUUCAAGUCCAAGGUCACCAGAUACCUGUGUUUCACGAGGUCGUUUUCCAAAGAAAAUAGUCACUUGGGGAAUGUGCUGGUGGACAUGAAGCUCAUCGAUGUCAAGGACACAUUGCCUGUGGGCUUCAUCCCUAUCCAGGAGACAGUGGACACACAGGAGGUGGCCUUUAGGAAGAAGAGGCUAUGCAUUAAAUUUAUUCCCCGGGAUUCAACCGAAGCUGCCAUUUGUGACAUUCGCAUCAUGGGCCGGACCAAGCAGGCACCUCCCCAGUACACAUUUAUUGGGGAACUGAACAGCAUGGGCAUCUGGUAUCGCAUGGGUAGAGUGCCAAGAAACCACGACUCAUCUCAACCUACCACGCCCUCACAGUCGUCAGCGGCUUCCACCCCAGCCCCAAACCUUCCCAGGCACAUCUCACUAACACUACCGGCUACCUUCCGAGGCAGAAACAACACCAGUACAGACUAUGAGUACCAGCUCUCCAAUCUGUAUGCCAUAUCAGCGAUGGAUGGUGUGCCUUUCAUGAUUUCAGAGAAGUUUUCCUGCAUUCCAGAAAGUAUGCAGCCUUUUGAUCUCUUGGGAAUCACCAUCAAGUCCCUGGCAGAAAUUGAAAAGGAGUACGAAUACAGUUUCCGCACGGAGCAGAGCGCAGCGGCACGACUGCCACCCAGCCCUACCCGGUGCCAGCAGAUCCCCCAGUCCUGAGGAGACCACAGCCUCCUAGGGGAGAAGACGUCUCCUACCCGGUGCCCAGACUACUGAUGGGGUGGCUGGGGGGAGAGUUGCUCCCUCCCCCACCUGCCCAUUCUUCUUGCCCUCCCCACUGACCAAGAGACUCUGGGCAGCUGUGUGGUCAUACAUGGUCAUCAGCUUGCCUAACGAGACUCCCCUGCCUCCCUGGGAACGUUGUUUGUGACUAAUGUAUGUGCUGUUAGUGACCAGAGGCUCCUAGCACACCUGUGUGAUGACCACUUACCCCACAAAGAAAGAAGACUCCUUCCCUACCUGGAGUCACCCAUUAGGGCCUAGGCACAUGUUCCAGCGGCCAAGUGAUGCCCACUGGCUCCCUUCAACUGACCAUCACUCACUAUAAGAAUCCCACGAAGCCACUGUCUCCCUCCUGGAAGACUCCAGGAUUGACUGCUUCACAUAGGACCCUGCAAGAUGCACUGAUCGUCUCUGACCCAGGCUACCUGAGAACAAGCAUUCCUGUCAGCAGGCUCAAGUGGCCCGUGCAUCUCAUGACGACACUGAAAAACAGGCGUCUGCUUCUCUCCAGACAACUGGGGGCUCUUCCGCCAGUGCACACACUGGACGUCCAGAGAGCACAGAUGGGACUCCGCUCUCUGUGGAGGUAACUGAGUGCCUACCUGGACAGAAACUUGGCUGCUAGGGUGCUGGGCCUGGCCACAAGCUCCAAUCCCACAAAGGGCUCAUCUACGGAGCAUCCAGCUGCCAGCAACAGCCUCCGUAUGCCUCCGCCUGGUGCCAACUGACAAGAGCAUGCUCUGAGAGGCGUGGUAUCCAGCCCUGCAGGGACACAGCACAAGCCAGGCCCACUCACAGUCUAGAAGGCAUCUCCUGCCGGGGGUCUGCUGUUUUGAAGAGUCCCUAUGUCGCAGGCCUCUGAAUUUUUGGCUAGAACAUUUCAUAGGUGUCCAUCUAGUGCCAAGUACAACUCCACAAGUUUUUCCAUGAAAAUAGUGGCACUGCUGUCCCAGCUCUCAGCCUCAGGUGAUGCACUGCUUUGCCGUGAUUGGCUAUUAGGGUUUGUCUGACAUUGGUCCCUGGAGUGUCUGUGGAUGUGAAGGUGUGCACAGUGGUCAGUGUCCAUAGGCAACUACACUGCAGUGGGUACAACCCUCUCCAGUACAGCUCCAGAAAGCCACAGGCAGCUCAGUGGCCAAGGUGCAAAAGGAUCAGGAGCAAGAACCAGCCGACAAGAUGUCAUGAGCCAGGGCAGGGUCAAAAAUACCUCACCAACUUCCAUCAGCCCCUCAGCUCCUCGGGCCCUUUGUGGCCCAACCCCCUGCUCAGUCAGCCUUCUUCACUUGGUGGUACUUCAUUUCUGUGUCAGGAAUGGUCACCUCACCUUCUCUCAGAUUUGAGCACAUCCUGUGGGGUACCCAUCAAACCCCCUGACUCUGGGUCCCACAGCCUCUAGGCAGCACAGGCCAUGAAAAGGUAGUUAGCUCAAAUGCCAGUGUCCCAGAGAACUGUGGGGUCAAAACCUAUGCCACACUGGUGCUCUGGAGAGCUGAUGAACUGUCCUCCAGACAGCUCCAUAAGCUGGGGACCUGAGGACCUGCGCUACGGCUGCCGGGGUAACAGAAAAGCGAGCACUCAUAGCCUGGGUCAACUGGGAAGGCUGGGGGCAAAGCUCCAGCGUCUCCUGGCCACUUCCUUUAUGCUUGCGCACAUUGUCUUAUCACCUCUUUCCAUUUCCCAGUUGUGAAAUUGUCCCCACCAGGUGAUGCCAGGUGGCCCUCCCCCUUCCUUCCCUUGAUGGAGAAUGUGGCUUCCCUGAAGUUCUUACAGGCCCUGGGCGUUCCAAGGUGAAGACAGUGGACAGCAAUCAAAAGGGCCAAGUGAAGAAGUCCCUGGAAGAAGGACUUGGGCUCUGCAGCCCACUCACACCCUCCCACAGGACUCGGUCACUGGGACAAGAGCAAACUGCAUGCUCUGAGCUGGAGUAACCUCGGGACAUGGCAGACUUAAUUUAAGAAAAACCUUGACUGUCAAUGUUGUAGCAUCAACAGCUUCUAGCUUUUGAAGUGUUAAGGACAACUUGAUGUCUGUGGUAAGUUUUAGGUUGCACCCAACCCCUGGUUUCUUAUCUUCUGGCAGUGGUAGUGGUGGUGUAUGUACACCCUUGUUCACCUUGUGUGGACCCGGCACAGACCCAGACCUAGGAGGUGGGGCUGCGGCUCACAGCAGAUGGAGUGGCCUUUUGUGUAUGGUGUGGAACGCUUGUCCCCACUAAGCCUGGCCGCUGUGAGAUGAGCACAGAGAACCACUGGGAGGUGUGAAGAGCUGCAGCCCCUCCCUUAGGUCUCCUCCCCCCACCCUACCAGCAUGCCCCACAGCUGCUGCUGCCCCUGCCAAGCACACAUCUUUCCCUUGAAAAGGCUAGCCAGAGCACAGCACCCUACCCCACAGUCCCCACACUGAAAAGUCAGUUCCUUCCUAGGGCCUUGGAAGUGGGACAUGGGUGAUGAGCAGGGGGAGGUGGGCUCCAGGCUCACUUGCAAAUUUACCAUAAGGCCAAGUCUGAGAAUUCACAUCAGCAUCACUCACCUUGGGAAAAGGACAGGUCAGAGUCAUGAAUAUUCUUCCUGGUGAUCAGUGGCAUGUGGCCACCUGUGGCCAAGGCCGUUCUACCAGGAAGGAGCAGAAGACCCUCUGUCAGAAGGACAUAUACACAAGGGGACCGAGAUGCUGAGCUCACCCCCUUCCUUCAGUGGGCACUAGACCUGGCAGUCUGGCACAUUACCUGUCGUCCUCCAAACAAGCCCAGUACUGGGUGCUCUUUGUCCCCUGUCACAUGAAGAGCCUGAGGCAUGUCUGUAAGCUUGCCGGUAGUAGGGGCAGAACCUGACUCCAAAGCCCCAGUGCAAACAUCUGGCCUUGGUGUCCAUCCCUGUGAUGGGCUUUCUUUUGCUAUGGAUUCACCUCACCAUGGCAGUGGACUCUGGGCACAGGUCAGGCUGAGAGUUUAUCCUGUGCCUCCUGUGACCUGAGGAUCCCCAGCCUGGGAGCAUCUGCUGCGGUCAUAGGAAAGGCCUUGAUGGGCCACCAGGCCGUGAAGUGCCAAAUUCACGGAAUCGCUCUUUGUCCCUCUGACCCCCAGAACCUGAUGAGGAAGCUGGCCCUCGUUCCUGUACCCAGCUCCCUCUCAGAUGACAAGGCACAUCAGAGUGGCCCAGUUUCCCCUGCUCUGGGUGCAAGGCGGAGCACCAGUCCAGGCUGUUUCCCUUCAGAGGCCUAUGAGCUGCUGAGCCACUAUGUGCCACUGGGAACAAGGACCUUAGCCCAGUUGCCUUCCUGUGUAUUUAUUCAAGGUGACCGCUUGGCAAAGGGGGGUUUCACUGUGUGGCUGUAUUCUUAAUAUAAUUUGUUAAAUAAAUGUUUGUUUUAACCUCUCUUC